AUGAUGGAAUUAUUCGAAAAAACGAAAGAUUCUACAAAAUCUUUAGGAGAUAUCUGUUUAGAUAUUACUGAUGCAUUUUCAGGUUUUCCAAUGAAUCAGUGGUUUGAUUUAGAAACUAAAACAGAUGAAUAUGGAUCUCCAAAGAUUCAUGCAGAGAUUGAAAUUGCAGAAAAUGACGAAGAGGAAGAAGAAUAUGUUGAAGAAGAUACUACAGAAUUUGAUACACUCGGAAGAGGUUCUAUUUCUCAUGAUUCAUCAAGUGAUUCAAUAAAUGAAAUUCGUAACUCACGUUUAGAAAGCGGUGAUUCGUUCCCUAUAAUUGAAAACCCUAACAACCAAUCAAUCGUUACAGGAAAUAUUAAAAUUGCUGAUAAUCAUGAAGAUGAAUAUGAAUACCAAUAUUAUUACGUUGAAGAAGAGGAUGUAACAGAAGAAUCUUCCAGUAUUAAACGCAUACGCAGACAAACAGAUAGUUUAAUUGCAAAUACAUCAUAUGAUUCAAGACAAGAAUUUAAGAUUACAAGAACAAGAAGGUCAGACUCAGAUAAGAACAAAGAACAGAAGAGCAAAUACUAUACGACCAUUUAUCGUAUGAAACGUGAUAAGUCACACGAUGUUGUAAGUAAAAUUCCUCUUUCUGUCAGCAAAUUUGAUCCAAAAUUCCCUGUUGACACUUCCAUCUUUGCCAGUUACAAGAUUCAUCGUGAUGAGAGGCAAGAAGAAAACUUGACCGACCAAGAUUUAAAGAAAAUGUUCGAACAGAUAUAUAUCAAUGACUUACAGCCAACAACAAUCAACAUUGAAGAUUACAACCCAGAUGAAGAUUCUCAAAACAAAACUCUCAUUGUUAGGACUUCAAUUGAGAAAGAAGAACAAGAAAAAAUCGAACGCGAAAGAAAGGAAAAAGAAGAAAAAGAAAGAAAACAAAAGGAGGAAAAUGAAAAGGCAGAAAAAGAAAGGAAAGAACGCGAAGCCAAAGAAAAGCAAGAGAAAGAAGAGAAGGAACGAAUUGAGCGAGAAAGGAAGGAAAAAGAAGAAAGAGAAAAGGUCGAAAAAGAGAAGAAAGAAAAAGAAGAACGUGAAAGAAAACAAAAGGAAGAAAAAGAGAAGAAAGAAAAAGAAGAACGUGAAAGAAAAGAAAAAGAAGAGAAGGAACGAAAACAAAAGGAAGAAAAAGAGAAGAAAGAAAAAGAAGAACGUGAAAGAAAACAAAAGGAAGAAAAAGAGAAGAAAGAAAAAAAAGAACGUGAAAGAAAAGAAAAAGAAGAAAAAGAAAAGAAAGAAAGGGAAGAAAAAGAAAAGACCGAAAAGGAGAAGAAGGAAAGGGAAGAAAAGGAAAGAAUUGAGCGAGAGAGAAAGGAGAAGGAGCGAAAAGAAAAAGAAGAAAAAGAGAAGAGAGAAAAAGAAGAGCGUGAAAGAAAAGAAAGAGAAGAAAUGGAGAGAAAACUGAAGGAAGAAAAAGAAAAGGCCGAAAAGGAGAAGAAGGAGAGAGAGGAACAAGAAAGGAAAGAGAAAGAAAGGAUUGAAAAAGAGAGAAGAGAAAAAGAACAGAAAGAUAAAGAAGAGAAGGAGAGAAAAGAAAAAGAAGAACGCGAGGCUAAAGAAAAAGCUGAAAAAGAACAAAAAGAAAGAGAAAGAUUAGAACGUGAAGCCAAAGAAAAGCGUGAGAAAGAAGAGAAAGAGAAAAUUGAACGAGAAAGAAAAGAAAAAGAAGAGCGAGAAGCAAGAGAAAAAGCCGAAAAAGAAAAGAGAGAACGUGAAGAAAAGGCGGAACGAGAAAGAAAGGAAAAAGAACAAAAAGAGAAAGAAGAGCGUGAAAAAGCUGAGAAACAAAGAAUAGAGCGCGAACAAAAAGAAAAAGAAGCACGUGAAGCCAAAGAAAGGGCAGAAAAAGAAGAACGUGAAAGAAAAGAGAAAGAGCAGAAAGAGAAAGAAAGAAUUGAACGCGAGAGAAAAGAAAAAGAAGCUCGUGAAGCAAAGGAGAAAGAAGAAAAAGAAAAGGCAGAGAGGGAAAUAAAAGAAAAAGAAGAACGCGAAAGAAAACAAAAGGAAGAAAAAGAGAGGCUAGAGAGAGAAAAGAAAGAACGCGAAGAGAAAGAGAAGAUUGAAUUAGAAGCUCGCAAAAAAGCUGAACGCGAACAAAAAGAAAGAGAAGAAAAAGAGAAAAGAGAACUCGAAGAAAAGGCACAAAAAGAGAAAGAAGAGCGAGAGCGUAUUGAGAGAGAAGAAAAAGAAAAAGCAGAGCAGCAAAGAAUAGAGCGCGAAAGAAAAGAAAAAGAACGAAUUGAGCAAGAACUCAAAGAAAAAGAAAGACAAGAAAAAGAGAAGAAAGAGCAAGAAGAACGUGAAAUUAUCGAGAAAUUUAUGAAAGAAGGUCGUGAAAAAGCAGAAAAAGAAAGACAAUCAUUAGAAAAAUCCGUAAGAAGGAAAGAACAAGAAAGAAUUGAAGUUGUAAAAGUUUCCAAAGAAAAGAAAUCAAAAACAUCAAGAAAUAUCCAAGUUGAAACAAAAGAAGAACUUCAAAAUUCUGCAGAAAAUCAUCAUGAAAUGUUACAAUUCCAAAUCAAUACUGACUCAAUUUCCGAAAUUGAAAUGGAAAAUCAAAAAGAAGAAAGUGAAAAAGUUGCAAGAAUAUUAAUGGAAAUUGAAGAAAUAGAGUCAUCAACAGAGAGUUCAGCCGCUAUGAAAGAGCACAGAAUGUCAUUGAAAGAUAUUUCCAUGAUACCUCAAAGCAAACAAACAUCUUCUUCUUCAUCAGAUCUCAAAUCAAAAGAAGUUAAAAUUGCUAAAAAUGUUUCUUCAUCUUCAACAACAAAAGAAAAGAAACAAAAGUCUGUUUCAAUAAGAUUAUCAUCCAGAACGAAAUCAACAAUAAAUGUUUCAAAGCAAGUACAUCAUACAUCAACUACAACCAUUUCUUCUCACACAGCUCCUUCAUCAAGAAAUCUUAGUAAUGAAUUAACUGAAGAAAAAGAAAAUUCACCAAAGAAAGAAACUAAUUCCGAAAAGAAGGAAUCUCCAGUGAAGAAAGAAGAUACAGGAAAAUCUGAAAGUGAUAAAAUCGAAGCAAUUGCAAGAUAUAGAUAUAUUUUGCAGAGAAAUGCUGAUUUGAUCAAACAAGUUGAACAAUCGAAGACUCCUAAUCCAAUAUUAAGGUUAAGAAUGAAAGCUUCUAUUGAAGAAAUUGAUUCAAUAAUGGAGGAGCUUUCCAAAUAA